UCAUAUUCAGAGAGGUUUGGACACAGCGAGAGAGCAGGGAGACACUGAGCGCUCUCCGGAAGAUGAGACAGCGAGCAGCAGCUCCAAGCCACCGGUUGUCCUAUGUUGUCUCGACAGUGUCUUUAAAAAACAGGGCCCGCCUGGACACCUUUUCCUAUCGCUCGUUUAUUUUGGAGAAAAGCGCCGAAGCUGUGCAGUGAACCGAAUGGAUCCACUUUCUCUGGUUUGACAGAGAAAGCGCAGCCACGCUGCUGCUCUGCUGCGUUUACUGGAGCAGGUAACUGAGGAGAAAGGAGACCCGCUUAUUUAAGGAUUCUAUUUCAAAAGUAGGCGUAAAUAAACACAACCGAGACUUUCACAGCGCACGACAGCAGCAAUAUUGUAAGAAGGAUUUAACUUCCACUUGGAAGCCAACAUAAAGUAGCCCACCACACAGAGACGCCCUUCAGAGGAAAGGACACGGCCAGCUCAGCCAUGGAGGUCGCAGCGGCCGAUCAGUCUCGUUGGAUGGCGCACCAUCACGCUGUGCUGAAUGGCCAGCACCCGGACUCUCACCACCACAGUCUGAGCCACAACUACAUGGAGCCGAUGGCCCCUUUACUGCCCCAGGACGAAGUUGACAUGUUUCUGAACCACUUGGACUCUCAAGGAAACCCCUACUACACCAACUCCCGGGCCAGGGUCACAUACAGCCAAGCACACGCUCGACUCACUGGGAACCAGGUUUGCCGACCACACCUCAUCCACAGCCCCGGUAUUCCCUGGCUGGACCCCGGGAAAGCAGCCCUGUCCGCGGCCCACCACCAUAACGCAUGGGCGGUCAGCCACUUCAGCAAACCCGGCCUGCACCCCACCGGCUCCGGCUACCCCUGCAGCAGCAGCACCGGCACGGCACCGGUCUCUUCGCUCACUCCGGCGUCCCAUUCCAGCCCGCACCUCUACAGUUUCCCCCCUACCCCUCCAAAAGACGUGUCCCCGGACCCCGGCCCUACCUCUCCAACCUCCAGCUCGACCCGCAUGGACGAAAAGGAGUCGAUCAAGUACCAGGUGCAGCUGUCGGACGGGAUGAAAAUGGAGAGCUGUAGUCCGCUCCGCAGCAGCCUGGCCUCGAUGAAUGGUCAGGCCACGCACCACCCUAUCCCGACCUACCCUGCCUACCCUCUGCAUACACCCCACGACUACAGCGGCAGUCUCUUCCACCCCGGCAGCCUACUCGGCGGGUCCUCCUCCAGCUUCACGCCCAAAUGCAAGAGCAAGGCCAGGUCGAGCUCAGAAUUAUAUGCAGAGGGUCGUGAAUGUGUAAACUGCGGCGCCACCUCCACCCCUCUGUGGCGAAGGGACGGUACCGGCCACUACCUGUGCAACGCCUGCGGACUGUACCACAAGAUGAACGGCCAGAACAGACCCCUCAUCAAGCCCAAACGUAGACUGUCCGCUGCUAGACGUGCAGGCACCUGCUGUGCAAACUGUCAGACAACCACCACCACCCUGUGGAGGCGCAACGGGAACGGAGACCCGGUGUGUAACGCCUGCGGCCUUUACUUUAAACUGCACAAUGUCAACAGACCCCUGACCAUGAAGAAAGAAGGCAUCCAGACACGCAACCGCAAGAUGUCCAGCAAGUCCAAGAGGAACAAGCGAGCAGGGGACGGCUUCGACGAGCUAUCUAAGUGCAUGCAGGACAAGGCCUCGCCCUUCAGCGGUGCACACGGCCUCACCAGCCACAUGACCCACAUGGGUCACCUGCCCCCCUUCAGCCACUCGGGACACAUGCUGCCUACUCCCACGCCCAUUCACCCUUCAUUCGGUCACCCCCACCACUCCAAUCGCUCGCCGGUCUGGGCUGAGCCUCACUGAGGCACCUUCAGACCCAAAACUCUUCCGCCUGUAAGAGCCACCACAUCGCCAUUAACACUAAAAUGGCCUCUACUUUACGUCGAAAGCUGAGCAGACUUGGUGCAUCAUGUACAGUGGUUGGAGGGAAGAGGCUUUCAGUUGGGUUUAACGACUGAAGCCCGCGUCAUUCCUGACCUCACUGAUGGGACACUGCAGAGCAGGACUUUUGCGGACUCUGUAAUGAGCUAAUAUGACGAAGGGUUUCUUAGUCCCUUGGUGACUGAAGCUUGCAGGAAUGGAGUGAAUGGAGACGCUUGCCAUUCUUUUUGCUUAUUUUUACUAAGUCACUUUGGUACCCACCUCUCCAUGACCCUGUAACAGGAGACUCACGAGAGGUCUUAAAAAGAACUGCUGUUUUAACCUCACGGCCAUCUCAUUAUAUACGGAGAUACGUGCACCCUGUCCACCCCCAAGCUGUCGUCCAUAACGGCUGUGGACAGACAAACUCUUCAGUCUGACACCUACAGCACCCGUACACACCCUGACAAACAAGUCAGACGCAGACUACAGUACCCACAAACCUGUGCUCUCCUCACAUGCUGGAUUGUACACCUCCACAAUGCUCACCACCUGUUUUUAAUAAUGGACUUUUAUGGAAAAAUACACAGUAAAUAGAGUGUUUAUAAAUGCUUAAUUGCUAUUAUUGUUGUUAUAUUUGAUGUUAUAAUUAUUGCUACGAUAAUUUAUUUUCCCUCUUUAAGCUUUCGUCAAAGACACAUGGAAACUUAGGAUUUUGAUUUCAUGGUUAUUACGUAAAGAAAAACAGAACUAUCUUAGAUGAAAAGUCCCUGAGCUGUACAUUUUUAUCAUUUUUCCAUCUCACCAAAGUAAAGGAAAUAAAGGAAAAUAAACUGCCUCGUAAGUUUA